UGCUUGUACGCUACGUUCUCUUACAUCCUGUGCAUGUGCUUGGGGCUAAGCCCCCCUUGUUCUGAAAACCUAGUGACGUCCCUGGAUAGGGGCAUGGUAAGGGAAUAAAUUAACCCAUACCUUAAGGCACCGUAGUUGUGAGAUGCAAUUUUAUCCGUAUACAGCUAAGACUGUACAACAAAGUACUAUAACCAAAAUGUCAUAAAAUUUGAUUUUCCUCAGGGUACAGGUCACCUCUGUGGUAUCUACAUUUGGUGCAAAUGUUCUCUGCGCGUCAGCAGGAGGAAACCAAGUUCUAAAUUUACUUUAAGCGCAUUACAUAGUUUUACUAUUUUUUCAUUUUAAACACUUGAGGUUAAGGAUCAUGUGGCGUUAGCAUCAUUUUAAACGAUAGCACAGAUGUUCAGGAUGAACAACCGACUUCUGGCACUUCUUUUUGGAGAAGCCACUAUCCGACCACAUCAUCCCAACAAGGCCCUCCCACUAGAGAGAGAGUACAUGCCUGGCCUGAGCCCAGGCUCAACAAGGAUGGCCGGAGCAAAAAUCACCCUGUUUAUUUCAGGCAUCAAGUGGCGAUAAUGCCAGCAAGGCCUAAAGGGCUAACCUACAAGUUAUCAGAAUUUAAAGGUUUUGUGGAUGUUUAACUUUUCAAUUAAAAUUGGUUACAGUACAACAAAGUUGAAAUAGCAAAACACGACUUCUAAUCUGCUUAAUUUAAUAUCAGAAGGUCUUCGUGUGUAUAAUGCAUUUUAUUGAACCGUUUUUGUCAUGACAAAUAUUCUCAACUGCUCCUGAUGUUUGCAUUACAGUAAAUGUACUGUAUAGUAUUGAUGAUACUUAAUCAAAUGACUAAAACUGUGCACCACACCCAGUUUUUUUAUGCAUCUGCACACACUUACCUCAUACAGUAGAUGCCAUAACGAGGUGGAUCCAUGCUUAGCAGCUACACAUUUAUUGUGAAUUACGAGCUGGAAACUAUACACCAGUCCAGGGGUAUUCAACUCCGGUCCUCGAGAGACCAAAUCCAGCUUGUUUUCCUCCUCCAGCAGAACCAAAAAAUCCGGAUCGCUAUGUGGCUCCUGCAGAGCUUGCCGAUGAGCAGAUCAUUAGAUUCAUGUGUGUUAAAGGAGGGAGACAUGGACAACAAGCUGGGCAGGGGCUUUCGAGGACCAGAGUUCGUUACCGCUGCUAUACAAUGACAGUUCUGCUGCUAAAAUCAACCCAUUAGGGCAGUGGUCUCCAUACUAUUUCACAUAGGGCCGCAGUGGGUGCAGGAUUUCACCUCCAACAAAACAAGACCACACCUUUUCACAAAUCUGGUGUUUAUAAGUGUAAUCAGUUGAUUGCAGUCAGGUGCUGCUUAUUUCAGUAAAAACCACAUUGGUUAAAAGGGCUGUGCUUGAUCGGUAUGAACAAAAACCAGGACCCACAGCAGCCCUCGAGGACCAGUUUGGAGACCCCUGCAUUAGGGAAUUGAUCACAUUUUAAUAUAAAUGGGUAACAGUCUAUCCUACUCAAUAGGAAUGCACACAAACUAUAAUUUUGGGCUCUAGUGUGUUCAUUUCCUGUUUUCUUAUGUGCAAAUGGUACUUUUGGAGGAAGGAAAAUAUGCAAGAAUUGCAAUAAGUGCAAAACCACUAGACAUUCUCUUAAGUAAAUAAUUGGUUUCAGGAUCAUUAAGCAAGAAUCAUUCUGUUGUGGGAUACUAAUUUAAUUCUGAAAUUGCCAUUUUAAUUUGUUGUUUUAUGGUCAUAUAUUACUUUUUAAAAACAUUCUUGUGGGGGACACGCUCGAGAUUGUGACAUAAAAAGUAACAAAAAACAUCAUUCGACUGACAAGUUCCAAUAACGCGAUUUCUUUUUCCUUUUAUCCUUCCAUGAACCAUUGUAACAACACAUUUCAAGAUGGCCGUCGUCGGCAAUGUGCUUAAAAAACAAACAAAAAAAAAAAAACAAAAAAAAAACAAAAAAAAAAAAAAGAUUUUGGCCACUGCCGAAAUUCAAAUAAAUUGCCUUAUUCAAGGAAAAAAUAUGUUGACUAAUUGUGAAACCCAAAAGCUGGUGAGUGUAAUUUGAAACAAAGCGUUAAAAUGGUGGAGAAUGGCAAAAUAUGCCACAUUAACAAUACAAUGCUAGCCUCCAGGAGCUAACAACAACAAGCUACAGAAGUUGGCCAGGCACCUACCCCGCAUGCUUUUGUUGCAAAGUUUAUACGUAUAAAUGUUUGAGCUUAGGCUCCAGACCGGACCAUUGAAGGGUUCGGCUGUCUCGCCCCCGCUCAGUUUAAUCUGUUCAGUCGCCAACACUUAUCCCCGGCAUAAAACCACCCCAGCAGCAGAGACGAACUCUUCGCGGCAGCCUGGCUGACCACGGCAUGCAUUCGGGGUGCUUUCCCUCCGGGACCUGAACGUGGCGGAGAGGAUGGCUACAAUGUGAUCUCAGAGGAACAUACCAGGACACGCAGAGGACUAUCCAUAGACACCCUGACAAAGAACAUUACUACUGUGGUGGAGGACAAAAGCAAGUAUUACAUCUGGCGUUGCUUGGGUCCCGAGGAUCCGAGAGCACAUGAGCUGUGGGUGGAUAUGAGUGAUCUCGGGAACGGCCAGGUCCGAGUGCAUGGCAUUUUGUCCAAUUCCUACCAGCAGGCUGCUAAAGUGGCCCUAUCAUUCAACUUCCCCUUUUAUGGACAUUACCUAAGGCAGGUUACCAUUGCCACGGGGGGUUUUAUCUUCACCAGCGAUCUCAUCCACCGCUUGCUGACUUCCACACAGUACAUCGCCCCACUAAUGGCUAAUUUUGACCCAAGCCACUCCAAAGAGUCUUCAGUGCAGUUCAUGGAUAACGGCGAGGUGUUUGUGGUCCAGUGGGAGCGGGUCCGACUAUUCGGCAAUGAGUCAGCAGGGACCUUUACCUUCCAGGCUGCACUUUACAAGACAGGAACCAUCACUUUCAGUUACAAAGACGUCCCACUCUAUCCCGGUGACAUUGGCUCAGCUCAACACCCCGUGAAAGUUGGCCUCUCGGAUGCCUUUGCAGCCACUUCAUUUUCCCAUUCAGGUAUCAAGAGGCACACAUUAUAUGAAUACCACCGGAUUGAAAUUGACUUUGUUGAUAUCAAAAGCUCCUCGGCGGUGGAGUUCACACCAUUGCCUACCUGCCUGCAACAUGACAGUUGCGAGAGCUGCAUCUCGUCCAAUCAGACUUCCGACUGCAGUUGGUGUAACGUACUCCAGAGGUGUUCGGAUGGCAUGGAUCGACACAGGCAGGAAUGGUUGGACUUUGGCUGUGCAGGAGAGAACAAAGGGACAAAUUGUGAUGACUACCGUGAGGAUGACAGUCCUUUCACAACGGAAAUGUAUAAUGUGACUUCAUCUGUGUCACAAAAUGACUGCAAUGGUGACGAUGCAGAGCAGAACAUUCCUAGAAGUAAUGUUAAUCGGACUAACACGGCAGUCUUGGCGGGUGUCACGUCUGCUCUGGUCUUAGUCCUGGCUCUGUUUCUUGUGGCUCUGUACAUCAACUGCCACCACACUUCCGCAUCACCGCUUUACUUCAUCCAGCGACACAAGAGCUACUGGCCCUCCUUAAAGUUCCACAAGCAACAGCAACAGCAGCAGUCUGGCUACACAGAAUUUGGAGAACAGCAGGGGGAGCAGCGUGGUUGAGGCCGGACCAUGAAGGAAAUACAAGUAUGAACAUGGACUUAUCCUCCCAGCCAACCCCAUGCAGCAGCAGGCAAAUUACAAAACAAGCACGGGUUGGGAGUUCCCCAAGGUUCACUUCCAGGGUUGCAAUAAUUUUUACAGUUGAUUAACAGAAGUUUGGAUUUGGUACAGGCCUUGGAUUAAAGGUGAUAGGUGAUAGAAAUUGCUGAUAUUUUGUGUAAACAUUUAUUCUUUUUAUGCAGGGAUUAUGAUUUAUUUAACCCUUACGGGGCACUCAUUUUAUACAUUAUAAUGUCAUUUAGUUUAUAUUGACAUUGUAUUAAUUUAUACAGUUUUUUAUAAUUAAAAAAAAUAAAAAUAAUAUACAAAUACAAUAAUGAUCAAUAAUUAGAAAAAUAAUAUAAUAGUAUAUGCUAAUAUUUAAGUUUUUUUUAACAUAAAAAGUCACUUGCCCUAUAAGAGGUUAAAGGUCUUAAGUGUCAAAAAAAAAUUUUUUUUUAAUUAUCAAUUACAAAAAAAGUUGGUCUAAAAAGUGUUGAAGGUCUUGCGUGUCAAAUUUUGAAAAGCUGUCCAGCGUAGUGACCAAUGUUGCUGAAAGGUUUAAGAACAAAUUACAAACUACAAGCAACUACAUAGGAAUAAAGCUGGUGAGCCACACAACGAAGCUAUUGGAAAGAGUAUUUGAAGCUAGACUGAGGGCAGAGGUGAAUGUUUGUGAAACAACAAAUAAAUACAAUUUUAACAAAAUUAUGUUCAUGUAUAAA